GACUGUUAUAAAUAAUCUUGUAAAUGUGUCCUGUAUUAUAUUGUUUCCCCUUGCAAAAUAAGCCCCAAACCAACAGUGUCAAUGCCCCCCAUCCCCAGAGAUGGGACCGUCUAGCUGCAGGAAAGCAAGCUCAGGGAUCCGCUGACUGCACUGUGGAGAGCUGUGUCGUCACAUCAUUAUAUAUUACAAUAUAAUAAUAGUGGAAAUUAAAGCACACAGUAAGUGGGUAAUGUGCUUGAAUCAUCCCGAAACCACCCACGACGGCCGUCCUCCACCAAGCGGGCCCCUGGAGCGGAGCGGGCUGGGGCCACCCGGCCUCCACGGAAAUGUGGACUUGAGCGUUCGUUGCUCGUUCUCCUGCGCGCGAACCGACGUAAACGGGUGGGGGGUGGCCAGGACAUGGCUGCGGCAGGUCCUUCCGUUUUAUGGAAAAAGCAGAAAGCGGGGCGCGUCCGACGGGUGGACGGCCGCCCGGCGGGGCAGGGUGUAAAGCAAGCGGCUCCAGACGUCCGCCCGCGGCCGCCCGCGCUCCGCGCCGAGGUCGGACUGGGCGCGCCCGGCCCCGCGGCCCCUCUCCGUCCUUCCGCGGCUCCCCCGCCAGACGGCACGCUCCGACCGACCGAGUCGGUCCCACCUCCGGGCUCUGUCGUCCAACCUGGCCCAACGGAGGGGUUUUCCGUCUGCCUGCCCUGGUCCUCCUGCAGGUGACAGAGAAAACCCCGACUCCGUGCGCUCCGCCCGCCCUGCCCCCCAGGCCUCACUUCCGGGAUGUUUGA